UUUAUCAAGGCGCUUCAAUAACCUCUUCUUCGAAGAAAAUCACUCCACCAAAUUUCGUUCAUUUUCUUCUGCCGUGGUUCCACUGCCACUUAGAGCCUCAGUCUCACUCACAUGGCAAUUCUUCUUGGUCCUCCUGAGAUCUAUAACUCCGACAACAAUGCCCCACCAUCCACCGUCGUCGAUGACGUCAUCACUUCCGGUGAUCUUUUUAUGAAUCUCAUGGUGGCCAAUUUCAACAAAACCCAAAACCAGCGUCAAAACAUGGGCUUAACGGAGAAUAAUUCUCCAACCUUCCUCUCCACCGGCGACCCUUGCCUUGAUUUCUUCUUCCAUGUUGUUCCUGACACUCCCUCUUCUUCUCUGAUACAGAGGCUUCAAUUGGCUUGGUCUCAUAACCCAUUAACAACCCUCAAGCUCGUUUGCAAUCUCCGAGGAGUGAGAGGAACGGGAAAGUCUGAUAAAGGAGGAUUUUACAGCGCCGCCUUAUGGCUUUACACCAAUCAUCCCAGAACCCUCUCGUUCAACGUCUCCUCAUUUGCUGACUUUGGCUACUUCAAGGACUUGCCUGAGAUUCUCUAUAGAAUUUUGGAAGGCCUUGAAGUGCGAAAACUUCAAAAAGAGGAAUGGCUGCAGAGGAAAGGAAGCAGAAAGCAUAACAGGAAAUCUCGAAGGAGCAAGGCCACAAAAGCAUCGGUUCCAACGAUGACCCAGAAAGAGAUAGCUCAUGUUACAAGGCAAGAUAAAAGAAUAGCAAUGGCUAAGAAAGUCGUACAAAGAUAUCAUAGUGAUUCUAACUUUCGCUUACUAUACGAUCAUAUCUCUGAUCAUUUUGCUGAAUGUUUGAAGACAAAUAUGGAGUUUCUCAAAUGUGGGAAACCAGAAAAGAUUAGCCUCGCUGCCAAAUGGUGUCCAUCUAUUGAUUCCUCAUUUGAUCGUUCUACACUGCUUUGUGAAAGCAUUGCAAGGAGGAUUUUCACCCGAGAAUCCUAUCCAGAGUAUCGAGAGGUUGAAGAAGCCCAUUAUGCUUAUAGGAUUCGCGAUCGUUUAAGGACGGAAAUUUUGGUGCCGUUAAGGAAAGCUCUGGAAUUGCCAGAGGUAUAUAUUGGUGCCAAUCAGUGGAGCUCAAUACCAUACAACAGGGUAGCCUCAGUGGCCAUGAAAUUCUAUGAAAAGAAAUUCAUGAAGCAUGACAAGGAAAGAUUUAGCAAGUACCUGGAGGAUGUCAAAUCAGGCAAAUCAACUAUAGCAGCCGGUGCAUUGCUUCCCCAUGAGAUCAUAGCAUCGCUACAUGAUGAUGAUGAAGAUGAAGAUGAAGAUGGUGAUCAUGGCCAAGUAGCAGAGCUUCAGUGGAAGAGAAUGGUGGACGACUUACUCAAGAAAGGGAAACUAAGGAGCAGCUUAGCCAUCUGUGAUGUUUCGGGAAGUAUGAGUGGAACCCCAAUGGAGGUAUCUGUGGCAAUGGGGAUAUUGGUAUCUGAAACGAGUGAAGAGCCAUGGAAAGGGAAGGUCAUUACAUUCAGCAAGAAUCCAAGCCUGCAUUUGAUACAGGGGAAGGAUCUGAAGUCCAAGACAGAGUUCGUGAGAAACAUGGAAUGGGGAAUGAACACCGAUUUUCAGAAGGUGUUUGACAAAAUUUUAGAGGUGGCUUUGAAUGGUAAUCUGAAGGGGGAUCAAAUGAUUAAGAGGGUGUUCGUAUUCAGUGACAUGGAAUUUGAUCAAGCAUCAUACAAUCCUUGGGAGACUGACUAUGAAGCAAUCAAGAGAAAGUACAGAGAAAAUGGGUUUGGGUCUGCAGUGCCUCAGAUAGUUUUUUGGAAUCUGAGAAACUCAAGGGCAACGCCAGUAGCUGUCAAUCAAGAUGGAGUGGCAUUAGUAAGUGGGUUUUCUAAGAAUAUGCUUAAACUGUUCUUAGAUAAUGAUGGGGCCAUCAACCCCCAAGCUGUCAUGGAAGCAGCAAUUUCUGGCAAAGAAUAUAAUAAAUUAGUUGUGUUGGAUUGACUCAGUUGUAAAAUUCCCUCACAUUCACCUCAAAUAUCCUAGUUUAUUUUUCUCCUUUAUGGUCUUUCUGCUCCUUUGUGUUAGAAAAGUUCAUUUGGAAUGCUAUAGCUUCACCAAACUUUGUC